AUGGAUUUAUCUGGUUCCGAUAAUAGCUCAGACUCCAUUGGAAGUCCUAGUGGAUCUUUCGAGAAACUUUGGGGGACAGAAUCGGCUCUGAUGCGAGGACUAAAAGAUGGUUCCCUAGCUGGUUUGACUGAUCUAGUCCAUGACAAAGAUGUGGCUGCUAAGGCAGUGGCAUUUGUCGUCAACAGCAGCAGGAGAGGAAUAGUUCCUUUGUGUGCUGAUGUGGCUGCUAUUUUGAGAAAUAAACUCAAGUUAGAGCGGACAAUCGAGAAGCAGCGUGCAGAAAUCCAGAGACUGAAAAAGAGUGGGGCAAGUCUUAGUGGCAGGACAAGUAGGUCUACUAGCCCCACCCACCCUCACAUAGAUAGGCAGAUGUUGUCAAGGCAGUCUAGUGCUAGAUUAAAGAAACCUGCCGAGUCGCCCCUGCUGAGUUCCCCAUGCAGCCUGUGUUCCUCGCCCCGCUCCCCAUCACCGCCCCUCCCCAACUCCUUGGAGCUCUCCAGUGCUUCAUGUGGGUCUCUGGCAGAAAUUCCAUCAAUGCCCCACCCUCAAGAGUCUCCAGUAGAGGAUGGGGAGCCCCACCCAAUAUCAUCAUCAUCAUCAAAUCUCUUGCCCAACCAACGUCUUGUGCUGGCUGAAGUUCAUAGAGUGCCAAGUGUUACCAGCAUACAGAGUGAUGUCCAUUCACAUGCCUCCACAUUAGAAAGAAGGUCAAUAGAGACUCGGCGUUUACCUUCAGAAGUGCCAGAAGGUGAUAUGUGUCUUCAGCAGCAGUACCAAGAAGCUUGCCUAGCGAGGGAAGCUCUUGAGAAUGAACUCCUGAGAGUCAGAGCCGAGCUGGAAGAGGUCAGACUGGGGUCGAAGGUGAAAGACUGGUCACCGGGAGACAAAGAGACGGGAGGAGUGUGUGGAUUUCAGAUUGAAAAUGAGAUGUCUCCAACCCCAUUACUGAAGAGAAGUCGGAGCCAUAGCAUCCAAGGGAUUUCAGAAGUACCCCACCCACCCUUAUCGCCAACACAUGAUAAACAGAAUGAAGGACUUCCACCUAUAGCCAGUCCCAGGCAGGUCAGUCCUAGGAAUCCAGACCCAACUAGUCCUAUCAAUAGAGGAGAUGGGAUCAGCAGCACAAGAACCAACAAAACGGAGAACAACCAGAACAACCUGACUGUGAGACUUGAAGACCAUGUGUUGAUUAAAGGAGAGAGGACUGGCUUUGUCAGGUUUAUUGGCCACCUAGAAAAGAGUUCAGUACCGAAUACUGUAUUUGUGGGACUACACCUAGAUGCUCCAGUUGGGAAGCAUGAUGGGAUGGUCCACGGAGUAAGAUAUUUCUGGUGCCCAAGGAAUCAUGGGAUCUUCGUUCCUGUCAACGAUAUCUUAGCAGUGAUCAACAGAAAGCCAUUCAAAAGAACAAAGACUGCAGAUACAAAGCGUAAAGGCUCUUCCCGAGGGGGUGUUGGAGGAGGCGGGGGAGGGGUGUUUCCUACCGGUGGCUAUGAUAGAGGGGAGAUGAAGAGAACAAGACCCGGUCACGCUCGGAGGCUAAUAUCAGCAGACAGUUCAAUGCUGCCCUCAACUCAUAAAAACAGGGACCAUACUCUAUCAACUUCAUGACAGUGUCUUUCGCCAGAGCAGUAUCACCUCUUCUACACAGUUUCUUCAUUUUACAACUAACAUCCGUUCCCAUGGUAACACGUCAACCGCUGUUUUCCGUAGCAUCGUUUCAGGAGUUUUCCAAUGCCCUACAUUUCUGUCAAGUAGAGAAAGAAGUAAAUAGAAAUAAAAAAGUAGAACACAGGCAUGCAGUUUUGACCAUUAGUUCAGGGUUGGCAGGAAGUCUGUUUCAAUCAUCGUUGCGUGUAGGCUGCACCCACCGACUUUGAAAGAUUCUCUCUUCCAGAAAUACUGCAGGCUUUACAUCGGCAAUCACGGUACAGAAAGGGUGAGGUGAAUCAGAAAGCAUGCACUCUGUCAAUCCUUAAGUAAAAUUUAACCUUUUGCUCACAGCAC